AUGUGGAAAUCAAAGACCCGUUACGCUGAUAGUGUCGGUGCUACGUCCACGUGUAAGAAGACUGACUCGUACGGUUGCCCUUACACAGCUCCUUCAUUAGCGUUAAACCGGGAGUUGAUAGUUGAUCAACGAGGAAGAGAGAGCUUCCCGAGUUACAGACUCGUGGACAAGGUCAUUGAACUAAGCCUUGUAUGCAAUUCUUACAGUUCCUCGUUAUUUGUAAUUGAAUUCUUUACGAGCUUUGUUUGUGGAAUUGAGAUUGUAGAAAAGGAAACGUCGAAGCAGGAGAAGGUUAGAAGAGUGAUGAACGGUCCUAUUGUUUCCGUUGCGAGAGAGUUGGGUUUCGAAGGAAACUCAAUUAUUGAGGGACUUGUGGUGAGCAUAUUCAUAGCGGGUGCAUUCCUUCGAAGCAGUAGCUCUGGCUCCAUAAUAGAUAAACUUGGUUGUAAGUUUACUAUUCAGAUUGACGCAAUACCACUAAUUCUUGGUGCUAUUUGCAGAAGCACACUUCCUGGAUCAAAUGCUUUGGGGGAGAUCUUGUUGGCCUCAACAUUGGAAUACCUUCUGAAAAUGAUCCCCAUUGGUAAGAUUCUUUAUCCUAUUUCUCGUUCCUUAAUUAGUCUCUUAGCUCAUUUGUUCUUUUUAACGGAUAUUAUCGCUCUGAUUGCUCAACUUCUGGAAAAAAUUAAAUUUCAGAAGCAGAAAGUUUUUCCUGGAAAAAAUUUCAAGGCAUUGACUUCCAUGGUGUUGCAGGUGUCCCUGGCUUCAUUCUUGGAAUUGGUUGGGAGAUUGAAUGAUGCUAAAGAAGUUAUUUAUAAUCAUUGGGGACCAAAUGAAUGGCGUUUGUUGGAGGUUGCAUUUUUUUUACUUCAACAGUUUGCGGGUAUAAAUGGAAUCCUCUAUUUCUUGUCUUUGACCUUUCGUGAUGUUGGUGUUACCAGUGGUGCUUUAGCUAGCGUAUUUGUUGGGCUUACCAUCUUUACAGCGAGGGAGCAGAAGCUUUUAAUUGGUAGUUAUUUGGGAAUGGGAUUUAACUCUAUAUGA